AUGGUGAUCCAGUACGUGCGGAAGGCGUUCCCCGGCGAGGAUGGCACAUGGCUGGUGCUCUGCCUGGGCCUGACCUCGGGCCUGGGCCGGCUCGUGUUCGGACGCGUCGCCGACCUGCCGCGCUUCAACAAGAUCAUGCUGCAGCAGCUGUCGUUCGUGGUGAUCGGCACGCUGACGAUCCUGCUGCCGUUCUGCCGGAGCUUCCCGCUGCUGGUGGCCAUCGCGCUGGGCAUGGGCCUCUUCGACGGCUGCUUCAUCUCGCUGCUCGGCCCGAUCGCGUUCGAGCUGGUGGGCCCGGCCGGCGCCUCAGCAGGCCAUCGGCUUCUUGCUCACGCUCUGCUCCGUCCCGCUCACCGUCGGACCGCCCGUCGCCGGGCUGCUGUACGACUGGACGCACUCGUACCAGACGGCGUUCGUGCUGGCCGGCUGCCCCCCAAUCCUGCCCCAGUGUGA